AUUGAGAAGAAGCGCUUCCGGCAGCCUUGAAUCACUAAUCAACACACCAGCUUUCCGGGCCUGACGCGACCCUUGUCUCGGGCCUCUCGGAAUCGUACAGCCGCCCAGCCCCGCACCUGCGACGUGGCAGUCCAUAGUGGAGCCUCCUUGCCUCGGUCCAGGUCCAGAUGUCCCUGUGUCAUGGCUGCCCGAGCAUUAGGGGACCCCAGGACCCUGUGAUUGGCGCCUGCGCCUGCUGACGGUGACGGAGGAGCACCCCCUAGGGACUUGGGCAUUGCUUGUGCUUGGUGUCUGUCCUUCGUGCUCCUUUCGGUGAAGCUAGGGGAGAGGGCGAUUUUUGUUGUCACUUGGUUCAUUCAUUUAUUCGUUUGUUCUUUUAUUCUUUCCGAAACCAAUUAAUGAGGCAGCAUAGUGUAGUUGUUAAGAGUGCAGGCCCUGGAGCCUGGCCGUGUUGAUUUUCCCUCUCAGCCAUUUCUGACAUUAGGCAAGACAGUAGGCCUCAGCUUCCACAUCUGCAAAGUGGGGUAAUAAUAGUAUCUACUUCAUAGAGAAGUUGGGAGAUUGGAAUUAACAGUAAAGGCAAAGCCCGGCAUGUAGUAGGCACUCACUGUACUAAGAUCACAGUUGUGAGAGCUAGAUGGAAGAAUAAAAUUGAGAUAAGUACUAGUUUAAAUAUAGGGAUAAAUGCUGUGAUGGAGACAUGCAAAGUGCUGUGAGAAUAUGAUGAAGGGAGUUGUACUGGGGAGGUGAUAGAGGGUGGUGACUUAAGCCAUACUUAAGAAUGAAUACAAGUCUGCCAGGGAUGUGGUGGGUGUCAGGGCAUUUCUGGCAGAGAUCACAUCUUUAAGCUGUGAAAAUGCAUGGCAUUCUCAGCCUGAGUAGUCUGAUACUGGUAGAUCUAAAGUGAUCAUUUUCUCCAGGAAGUUCCUCCUUUGUGUUUUCUCACUGCACCAGGUCUGUGUCUCUAGAACAGCUCUUACCACACAUUUUAAUAUUGAAAUGUCCUUUUUAUGUUUUUCUCCUUCACUUCAGGGUAAGGAUCUUGCAUUAGUCUUUAUCUCUUCACAUGAUACCUGGCAUUCGGUAAAUGUUUGUUGAAUUUGAAGAGACAUAUGGGCAAUGAAUCUGGAAGGGCGAGUUGAAGCCAGACUGUAAACGUUGUUGAAUGGUAAACCAAAAAAAUUUUGACUGACUUUUUUCCAAUAGGCAAUGAGUUUAAAAUAUUAAUUCUAGCAUUACUGUAGAGAGUAGAUUAGAUAUAAGGAGAGACUGAAGGAAGGGAUAUUCGUUAGGAGACAGCAGAUAUCUCAGAUUCUUCCCUGUAUACGUCAAGUUGAAUGCAUAAGACCGUUUAGGUUAGUGGUUCAUAAAUUUUUCCACCAGGACCAGUUAAAGGUUCCCAUGCCUGGCAUUCACAAAUUAAGAACCACCUCAGGAAUUCCCUGGUGGUCCAAUGGUUAGGACUCGGCAUUUUCACUGCCCAGGCCUGGGUUCUAUCCCUGGUCGAGGGAACUAAGAUCCUACAAGCUGCAUCAAAAAAAAAAAAAGAACCACCUUUUCCUAUCUUUAACUCUAUUUCCUUUUCUCCUACUAAUCCAGGACAGAUGUGUCAAGAUACUCUGAGAAGUAUUUGCCUUGCAAAUCGUUCAGGACUGGGUAUGAUGGCAGUUCUCGUGAUGAGUUAGUAGGGGAGAACAUCCUUGGUCCUACAGUGUUGCUGACACUGACAUUUUUCUAAGUGGUCUUGAACUGCCUACUUUUUAUGUAAAUAACUGGCUAGACUUCAUAUUUUUCACUACAGAAGCCCAUAACCUGCAGUUGCUAGAGAUUUUAAAACACUGCUUUUCGGAUAUCAUCUAUAUUUAACUUGAAAGCUCUUCCUUUCUUAUUCCAAAAUGUUGAGAUACUGGGGAGAGAUACCAAUCUCAUCAAGCCAGACCAACAGAAGUUCCUUUGACUUGCUCCCUCGGGAGUUCCGACUGGUAGAAGUCCAUGACCCACCCCUGCACCAACCCUCAGCCAACAAGCCCAAGCCCCCCACUAUGUUGGAUAUCCCCUCAGAGCCAUGCAGCCUCACCAUCCAUACCAUUCAGCUGAUCCAGCACAACCGACGUCUGCGUAACCUCAUUGCCACAGCUCAGGCCCAGAACCAGCAACAGACGGAAGGUGUAAAGACCGAAGAGAGUGAGCCUCUUCCGUCCUGCCCUGGGUCACCUCCUCUUCCUGAUGACCUCCUUCCUUUAGAUUGUAAGAAUCCCAGCGCCCCAUUCCACAUCCGGCACAGUGACCCAGAGAGUGACUUUUAUCGUGGAAAAGGGGAACCUGUGACUGAACUCAGCUGGCACUCCUGCCGGCAGCUCCUCUACCAGGCAGUGGCCACAAUCCUAGCCCACGCAGGCUUUGAGUGUGCUAACGAAAGUGUCCUGGAGACCCUAACUGAUGUGGCACACGAGUAUUGUCUUAAGUUCACCAAGUUGCUGCGCUUUGCUGUGGAUCAGGAGGCCCGGCUGGGGCAGACUCCCUUCCCCGACGUGAUGGAGCAGGUUUUCCAUGAAGUGGGCAUUGGCAGCGUGCUCUCCCUCCAGAAGUUCUGGCAGCACCGCAUCAAGGACUAUCACAGUUACAUGCUGCAGAUUAGUAAGCAGCUCUCUGAAGAGUACGAAAGGAUUGUCAAUCCUGAGAAGGCCACAGAGGACACUAAACCUGUAAAGAUCAAGGAGGAACCUGUGAGCGACAUCACCUUCCCUGUCAGUGAGGAACUGGAGGCUGACCUUGCUUCUGGAGACCAGUCACUGCCCAUGGGAGUCCUUGGGGCUCAGAGUGAACGCUUCCCAUCUAACCUGGAGGUCGAGGCUUCACCACAGGCUUCAAGUACAGAAGUAAAUGCUUCACUUCUUUGGAACUUGGCCCACGUGAAAAUGGAGCCGCAAGAGAGUGAAGAAGGCAACGUCUCUGGGCAUGGCGUGCUGGGCAGCGAUGUGUUCGAGGAGCCCAUGUCAGGCAUGAGUGAAGCUGGUAUCCCCCAGAGCCCUGAUGACUCAGACAGCAGCUACGGCUCCCACUCCACUGACAGCCUCAUGGGGUCCUCCCCUGUUUUCAACCAGCGCUGUAAAAAGAGGAUGAGGAAAAUAUAAGGCAAAGAGGGAGAGUUUCUCUCCAGACCUACAAGACCCAACAGAAAACCUUGAUGUAUUCUAAUUCGUUUCCAUAAACAGUGAUUUGACUUUUAUUCUUAAACACAGUGGAUUUUCCUGAUAUCAGUGGAACUGGAUUUAACCAAAUAAGUCUGCUUUUUCCUUUUGCAUCCAGUUUUUGUAGUUUUCCACAACAACCAAGCUACCUUUCACAGACAUCAUGACACUGGGAUGGUAAUCCAGAGACCAAAGCACUGUCCCUGACAUCUACUGUGUGACUAGACAAGUGACUUAGCUUCUCUAGAGCUGUUUCUCUUGCACAACUGAGAAGAAUCAUACUGCUUUUACCUACCUUGCAGAGAUAUUAUGAAGAUGGAGAUGUUGUUAAGCCUCAAAGCUGUGCUUGAAUAGACUCACAAGUAAAUAUAUGCUGGUAUCAGAUGUCAAUUUUUUUUUAACUUGCUUCAUUUUUGGUCGAAGUCCUUGGGAAUCCAGUGCUAAUACCUAAUAGGAAAUAGCUAAACAUUGCAUAGCUUAUCUAUCAGUAGUCUUGUUUUCAAACUGUUUUUGCUGCCCAUGAGGUCGCCUAUGAAGUCAGAGUGGUCUGUGGUAAACAGGCUUUUUGCUUUUUCAUACAGCCCUCUACUAUCUCAGCCACAUAUUUUCUUCUGCUCUAGACUUAUUCCAUGUAUUUCCACCAUGUUUAUUUUUUUAUUUCCAUUCAGAUUUUUUUUAUAUUUUCACCAUGUACACUUUUUGGUUGCUCCUUUCAUUUUUCUCCUUUGUGAAUGAAGCAAACAGGACCUGUCCAAGGACAGGCUUGUGCCUAUUUCAUUUGUUGCAUCUGCUUGGCCAUCAGAGAACAGUCCAUUCCUUUGCCAGAAUUCCGUCUGCACAUUGUGUUUCUACUGGAUGGGCAGCCGCCAAAAGGAUAACAGUAUGCACCUUUCUGCUUUACAUCGUGUCUUGAACAACUUUACUGCUGUUACUCAUCCAUAGCAGUACCUGCCCUGCUUGGCAUCUGAUAGUCUCAACCAGUAUUUAUUAAGUAAAUGAUGUAGCACUGGAAUAAUCAGGAGUAAUUAGCAAAUGUGUGCAUGUUAAAUACUGCUGAAGUUUGGUUUGGGGGUGCAGAAUACAAGUCUUGUGAAAGUUAGAGCACUCCUUUAGUGGAGACCAGAAAUCAAGGCCCACAUCAUUGAGUGCCUUAAAUAUCCAGCACUGAGAAUAAAUCUGAAUGCAAUAGCAACAAAAUGAGGUUAUAAUUUAAACUGUUACCAGAUCAUUUAUAAGUUUGCUAAUUGUACAUCCUUGGCACAUUUAUCUAAACCCUUCCUGUUCCAGGCUUAGCUUUAUUUUUGCUUAUUUAUUGAUGAAAGUACACAUCAGGUGGUCAGUUUCCAUAAAUUAGCCACCUAGUAUUUAAUUCAUUCACUUAGCAAACAUUUGUUGAGUACCUAUUAUGUACUGGGUCCUCUGCAAGGGAUACACAGAUGAGUAAGACUGUCUCUGCCCUUAUGGAGCUUAUAGCAUAGGCCAGACAAGUUCCUCUUUAAGUAAAAAGUAUACAAAGGCACUAAGGGAAAAAAUCAGGUAUGUUCAGAGUUUUGCCGUGCAAAUGGUUUCCUCUCAAAGAACAGGUUCAAGUUUUUAGACCAGUGGUUUCCAUUAGUUACAGAAUACUGAAAUUAAUACUUCAUGUAAAGCAAAACACUUUUAUUUAUUUUUAGAGUGUUAGAUUGGAGAAUAGGCACCAGAUGGUCAAGGUUGGGGUACUCUGAUAAAGCAGGUGAUAAGCACAUUGAUAUCUGAGAUUCACCUGGCCUAGAAUUACGUCAUAGGCUGUUUGAGUUAGAAUAUUGUUCUGAACUUAGCAUGCAUCAGAAUCCCCUGGAGGCCUUAGUAAAACGGACUGCUAGGCCCCACACCCCCCCAGUUUCUGAUAUAGGGCUUGAAUGUCCCAUUUUUAGUAACUUCCCAGAUGAUGCUGCUACUUCUGGUCCAGAGACCACACUUUGAGAACCACUGAUCUGGAAUACAGGUUAGGCAGGGAUAAAAUUCCUUAAGAGAAAUGUAUAAUGUUAUAAGAUACUGUGAAGAAUGUGAAGGCAAAGCAAACCCUUACCAGGGCUGUUAUAUAUGGAAUGUGCAACUGACCCAAAUCUGUGGACUUUGAGUAAAUCACUAAGGAUACACUGCAUUAAGUUAAAGUACAGUACAAACAGGGCCUGGCUUUGUACCUGGUUACUAGGUGUGGUACGUACAUGGAACUUUAGUAAACAACAUGUGGCUUUAAACCUCUCUUCUGAACUGCAGUGACUAUUUGUGAUAAUUUUCUUAUUUGAAAUUAUGACAGGCAGGCUUACAACAAAGUUAAAAUUAAAAACUCUUUAUCCAA